AUGGAAGGAAACGCGGAGAAUCCGUUCAACAUAAACCCAAGGCAGAAAAGAAAGUACGAGGCCAAAAAAAGAUCCGAAGAGAUCCGGGAGCUGGAAAUAAAGUACAAAGACGAGGAGAUGUCCGAGAGCACGGAAGACGAUGCGUCGUACGACGAAAGAGAAGAGGAGAACAUGGCCGUGCAAGAGCUAAUAGAGAAGAUCAGAGCAAAGGAUCCGAAAAUAUACGAAAAAAGUGCCCGAGUUUUUGAAGAGAUAGAAAGCGCGCACAAGUCGCAAAGCGAGUCCACGCAAAAGCCUUCGGCCGAGGCCCCGUACAGGCUGAAGGAGUACUACCGGGAAACCGUUCUCCAGGAAGUGUCUAAGCUGUCAGAAGAGAUGGACUCCGAAAAAACAGCGCAUGAAAGCGCAGUCUCUGCGAGUGCAGGCGAAAAGCGCAUAGAAUCCAGCGACAGCGCGCCGGCAGGCGCCCAGGACAAGGAAAGCGGCCUGCCAAAUAAAGGCCGCGCAAUCGACUCGUUCUUGCACGCAUUGAACGAAAUGGACACGGGCGACCAGCUAUUCCAUAAAAAGCAGGCGGAGGAAGAAAACGACGCGGGCGCAGAAGACUUUUUGACGGAGUAUGUUCUGAAGGGAGGAUGGCAGAAGGAGUGCGAAAAGCCCAACGAGGAAAACUUCCUGCAGGAAGACAGCGAGGAGAUUGAGCUGAUUGAAGAGUUUGACCAGGAAAUAGCGCCCACUGCAGGCGGCGCAUACUCCACCGUGAAGAAGCCGGCCCAGCGCAGAAAAAGGAAAGAGCUGAAGAAGCAGCUGAGGAACAGAGAGGAGGAAAAGCAAAGGCAGGAAGAGAUAAAAAGGCUCAAAAACCUGAAGAAGCAGCAGUUUGCAGACAGGCUGAGCAUACUGCGGAGCGUGUCUGGCGUCAGCAAGAGGAAGCUUUCCAAGAUCCGGCUGGAGGAGUGCUACGACAAAAAGGAGUUUGACAAAACACUGGACAGCAUUUUUGGAGAGUCGUAUUUUGACGAGAAAGAGACAAAACGGCCAAAAAUCAAGGGGUUUGAGAUGGAGGCCGAGGAGCUGAAGCAAAUGGAGAGGCUUGCAAACGACGGAGAGAUGCAAGCCGACCGAAACGCCCUUUCCGAGAUCCGCAAAAUCAUCUCGGAAAUCCGCGAAAUUGGAGAGGAGUAUGAAACACUUAAGAAAAGAGGCGACUUCGAGUACGUGGAAAUGCCUACGGUGAACAUAGGGCUCUCGGUGCGCGACAUUCUGCUGGCAGACGACAAGUUCCUGAAGAAAAACUACUCCAUAAAGAAGUUUGCUCCGUACCAAGAGGAGUAUGAAAAAAAGAAAAUGGAAAGGUAUCUUAAAAGAACACAUAAAUAA